GUGAACGCGAGCGAACGCGUUGCGAAAAACACGCUCGUACUGUGAAACGCUUGUCAAUUGUGAAGUGUUUGGUAGUGUUUGUGUGCUUUGUUGUGAUAAAGUCAGCAGGAAGUAAAUACCAAACCGAGUUGUGAGCAAGAAGAAGCACGAUUAAAGUGAAACUGAAAGGAUAUAUGUAUAAAGUCGAGAGAGUAAAUUAAUAUACAUUUUAGGAUUUUAAGGAGCACAGAUAUCGGCUGUAGUCUUUAGGAUUGGGAAAUGAAGGAGAAAUGUAUGAACUGAACACAGAUAGCUUGGCAGGGAAUUGCAAGGCGUUUCAACAUUUUAAAUACUAAAUAUUUUGCUUACUCAGAAAAGCUAUUUAGGUCACAAGGAACUGGACCACGACACGAAACCAAAGACUUGGCGAAAAACGUAAAAAUAAAGCAUACAUAUGUAGCAAGGAACAGCAAAGUACGAGUGCGAAUGUAAUAUUAGUGUUUUUCACAGGAAGUAAAUCCUACAACAAUUUGCAGCUAACAACAAACACACGCAGCACGGAUACGCUCGCGUUGAUUGAGCGAUAAAAGCGCGAACUGACAGUUAAAUGAAAUGUCAGAACUUAAUUAAACAUAAAAUCAAUAAGUAGUGGAAGUAGGCGCGUGGCAGUGCAACAACAAGCACAACAAGCGCACAAGAAGGCGACGAAGAAGACGAAGCAGAGGCAAGGAAACGGCUGUAACGCGUUAUUGAUGGCCCGCAGCGCAGCAGGGCACAACAAAGCAGCUUGACGAGCGUUUCGAUUGAAUUCGAUUUUUUGUGGGUCAAUGAGAAAAUAGAAAAUCUAAGUAAAAUAGCAACACCAACAAUAAAAAAUGCAACUUAAGCAGUGUAUAUUUGUUUAUUGUAAAUGUUUAUAAGCAAACAUGCAAAAAAGCAAGUAAAACAACAACAGCAAUGCAAGUGAAAAUCGUUGAUAAAAAUUAAUUAAUAAAAAAAAACGCGUGUAAAAUAUAAAAAAGUGGAACGUUUUUAAAAGCAUUCCAAUAACUAGAAUUUUGGCGAAUGAAAUAAAGAAAAAUAACAAAAAAAACUUCGAAAACAAAAAUUCUAAAAAGCAACAAUAAAUAAUACCUUAGAAACAACAACAACUAACAUAAAGGAAUUUGUUAAACGUUAAAGCGCUGGCUGGGCUUAUAAAGCAUCGAACAGGAACUGCACCGUUAAGGCACAGAUAUAGCUUAUUUCAACAAACGAUGAAAGGAAACUCAACAGAAAACAUUGUCUCAAUAUAAGCAACAACAACAAAACGUCAGAAGCAAAGGCCAGCACAAGAAACUGCAAAGGCAGCAAAAACUAUUUGAAAAGAACCCGAGCAGCUGUUUGCACACUGAAAGCUUCACAUUUUGAAAUUUAAAGCACACGCGCGCUUACAAUAAAAGCAAAAAAAAUACCAGAAACCACAACCCCCUGAACCGUAAUAACAGUGCAGUUUAACAGCAGCCAAGACGCAAGCGCCAACCAAGCAUUUUGUGUAGGUUGUAACUGAACGAAAUUUGCAUCGCGUGGCCAGUGCCAGUGUCAGUGCUGGAAGAUGGAAGCCACCCCGAAGGUGCAUCGUCAUCGUCACCGACGUUCGGAUUCGCGUCAUCAUCGGCACGAGCGUCAGAGCCAAAAUAGCAGCAGCAACAGUAAUAAUAGUAAUAACAGCAACAACACAAACGGCGGCAGCGGCAGCGGCAGUCGUAGCGGCCAGCAGCCGAGACAGAGCAAUAAUAUUGCAACAACAACAACGGCGACGACGAUAGUGCCAACACCAACACAAGCAGCGGAUGCGUUAACCAACACAACGACAAGGGCGACAGUCGCGUCGAGGACGAGGACGCAGCACGACGCACCAGCAGAGCAGCUGCAACAGUCGCCAACACAACAGCAAACGCAUUCAAACGCAAUUCAAUCGCCAGUGCGUGAGCGUCGUGGUCAAGCGCGGUCUAAUCGCGCACAAACCGGUGCACAGGACUUAGCCGCUAACGCCACCGCUACCACCGCUGCACCACGCACUUCAAUCACAAGUAUUGAGAUACCAACCGCACUGGUUGUUGAGGACGGCAACGAGGAUGGCACGUAUGACGACACAACAGCAAUCUGCGCUAAUGUGAUUGUCACCACAGUGCAUGAACGACGUACACACUCCAUGGAUACGUUGGAUCCGUUGGCCAACACAACCUCUUUAAGUCAGUCGACCACAUCACAACAAACGGUGUUGCUGGUGAAUGGACAUUCACCGCCGCCGCAAGAGGAUGAAGAGCAGGUGCCCACUGCAAACGGUGAAAGCGCUGCUAUGUUAGCGUGUGGCACGAAUGCGGACGUUGACGGUGUGUCGACGAAAGAGGAGGGCGCCACGCAACUGGAGUCACCCACAGCACCGAAUCCUAAUGGCGGCGGUGCGGGCAGCAGUCGCAACUCUUCUGGGGAUGCGUUGAGUUUACGUGAAACGCUGCAACAGCUACCGCCUACGGUGACACACGGACACCGCCAUCGGCGCACACAUUCACCACAAUCGCCGGCGCGGCGCACACAAGAGGUGGACGCUUCGUUUCAUCGCGGCAUUUUAGGUUUCAUGGAUCGUGAGUUGAAGCAUAGCUCGCCAACGCCAUCGGCACUGAGUGUGGGUAGCGGUAGUGCAGCAAGCGGUGGUGGUGGUGGUGCUGGCAGCAGCGGUACAGUGCGUAAGUUGCAGUCGUUGUCCGAUCCGCAGGCGAGUCCCGCCCAACGUUCGGUACGUUCGCGCAGUAGUCUGGAGAAAAGUCCGCGUCGUAAGCGUAGCAAAUCGGAAUCGCGUAGGCGGCGUGAACGCAAACUCAUCGCCGCUGGUGAGCUGGAAGUGCGACAGGCGAACGAAACUUUGAUGCGCUAUUUGAAGCAGUGCUCGGAAAUGAAUGACGCUUCGUUGUCAGGCGAGCUGGAAAUCGAUCAGAACUAUGAUGAGCGGCGAGUGCAUCGGAAGACGAAAUCGCAACGGGAUAAGCGUGGGCAUUUAAUAAGCAAACUUUACUCAGCUGGCGGUCUCACCUCCAUAUUACGGGAGCUUUCCGAUGACAUUGUACCCGCGGAGGGUGAGGAAAUCUACAAUCCAUUCACACCGGUUGUCUCCCCCACCGAGGAUACGCCCGCACACAUUGACAAAAUGUUCCUGCAGACGUCAUCGGGAUAUCGACCAGUUGAGCACUGCUAUUAUAAACAUUCGUUUGUGGGUGUGGGCGGUGUGGGCGGCGGUGGCGUUGCUGCCAGCGGUAGCGGUGGCCCAGGUGGUGGCGGUGGCAGUGGACGUGGCGUUGGUGUGCAUCGUUUGUCUGCCGCGGGCGGCAGCUUGGCUGGCGGUUUGGAGCAGGCGGGCAUGUUGCGGGCGAGUAGCAGUUUCGGCGAUACGCGUUGCCUACUCGAUGCCGAGUGUGGCAGGCAUCGUCGUGAGAUCACGUCGAACAUACAAUUGGCCUGCGUCAUUCAACGAAUUUGGAUACUCAUCUCGAAUAUCUGCCAUGGUUUGCUAGCUGGCCUAGCUCUGGCACAUUUGUUGUUCGUGUUGAGCAGCCAUCCCGUCGAUUGGUCGCGUUUACUCAGUCUUGCGGGCGAGACUGUGACCCAAGCGACGCAGGAGGCGGACGCAACAACCGCAGCACCAACAGUCGCAUCAGCCAUGCCGGAUGCUGAUGGCGGUGGUGGUGUUGAUAAAUCUAUGUUAACUGACACGCAGCAACAUUUCAGCUUCGUGAAGGAUUACGCAACAUUCGCUGAGAUCUAUCUGAAUACAUUCUAUUGUUUGGCAAUUGUAUGCAUGGUUUCGGUUUUUGAUCGUAUGGACAUUUGCCGUUGGGACUUCAGCAAUGCUACCGAAUUCAUCUCAUUUCGUUGGCUCAUUAUUGCAAUGAUUUACAUAGCGACAAUAAUAUUAACGAUAUGCUCCGAUUCGAUUGAUGAACGACUCUAUUACAAUAACAAUGCGAAUGUGACGCUAACACAGGAAGAAAUGUAUAGCAACAGCGUAUUGAGUGUCUGGAGUAGUUUAUCGGUGACGCGCAGCAUUGGCGCCAUCUGUGGUUGGAUAAUGAUCGGUUUGACGCCGCAUGAGGACCUAUUCUACGAGCAUUUGCUGGAUCUAACCAAAUACCAAGUGAUAAAUAAUUGAAUGUAAGGCAAAGCAAGGCGUGUGUGAAGGAAAGUUGGUGAAGAGCGAAUGUGCUUAAGGAGAAAGUCAUCAAUAAAAAUAAAAAUAACAAAAAAACAGUUACGUAGAUAAAUAAUAAAUUGUACAGUUAGGUUAAAGCAGUAGUAAAACUAUUUAUGCAAAACAUAUACAUAUAUACUAAAAACAACAACAAUUACAUAUUAAUAAAAAAUAGCAAAUGAAAGCAAUGUGUGGCAAAGUUUGCUUGCAGAAAGCAAAUAAC